UCCAGUCCACCCUUCCGCGAACCUAUAAGUUAACUAAUAUAGCAACGGUGGCGUUCAGUCACCGCCGUGCUUCAGUAGUGAUUCCCUAUUUUCGAUUUCACGUGCAUCUAACUCGCAAGUUCAAAACUUCGAAACGUUAUGUUCAUUACACCGACUAUCUUAAUCUGGCUGCUAACGAUCGGUUUGAUUGCUUACCGAUGUCACAGAUCCCUCUUCGAUCGACCGAAAAAUUUCCCCAGCGGACCACCAAAACUUCCGUUUCUCGGAGGAUACGCGAUAAUGUUGUUACUCAACUACCGUCACCUGCACAAGGCAGCCAACCAGCUGUGCUCAUUCUACAAAACGAAAAUGCUAGGUAUAUAUCUGGCCGACUUUCCGGCGGUGAUUGUUAACGAUCACGCUCUUGUGAAGGAAGUGCAAACCCGAGUGGAGUUCGAUGGUCGCCCGGAUCUGUUCCUGGCUCGGUUGCGUGAGAAAAAUUUCAAGCUCCGGGGCAUAUUUUUCACGCAAGGAUCCGACUGGAAGGAACAGAGGAGAUUCAUUUUGCGUCAUCAGCGGGACUACGGAUUCGGACGAAGAUUCGACGAACUGGAAGCGGAAACCAAUUCGGAAAUUCUCACGUUGAUUGAAAUGCUUCGGUAUGGGCCAAAGUAUGCGCACGAGGAGGAGUUUAUGACCAAGGAUGGUUAUGUGAUGUGCCCGAAUGUGUUCUUUGCGUGUUUUGCGAAUGCCUUUCUGCACGUGCUGUCUGGGGAGAGGAUCAACCGUGAGGACGCUGCAGUGUUGAUCGAAACCGGCAAGUUCGCCUUAACUUUCCAAAGAACCACCGACGACUAUGGAACGAUCAACAGCCUGCGGCCCUGGGUGCGACACAUUUUCCCCAACCUAACCAAAUAUCGAACAAUCCGCGAGGCAAGUCUGGGAGUGAACCGUUUCAUCGAAUCUGUCAUCCAGAAGCGCCUGGAAACGCACGAAGAGGGACACGAACGCUGCUUCCUCGAUUUGUACUUCAACAAAAUGAAGAAAACAAUUCCACGGGACGAGGACGACCGUUUCACCUUCCAACACGAUCAACUAGUGCUGGGAAUAGUUGACUUCUUUUUCCCAGCCAUUUCCGGCGCAACGGUACAAAUCGCUUUGCUAUUGGAGCGACUUCUCUGGCAUCCAGAGGUGGUCCGGAAAAUGCAAGGCGAGAUCGAUGACGUCGUAGGUCAUGGCCGGCUACCGUCGCUGGACGAUCGCAUCAAUUUGCCCUACACUGAAGCUACCCUGCGGGAAGGAAUGCGAAUCGACACCCUCGUCCCAUCGGGAAUUGCCCACAUGGCCACACAAGAUACGACCCUGAGCGGGUACGACAUACCGAAGGAUACCGUUUUGCUGCUGGGACUGGACUACAUCCACAUGCAGAAGGACGUGUGGGGUGAUCCGGAGAAUUUUCGGCCGGAACGGUUCCUUGACCACCAGGGAAAACUAUCGCUUGCCAAGGAUGUAUCGGUACCAUUCGGUGCCGGAAAGCGGCUCUGUGCGGGGGAAACUUUCGCUCGGAAUACGAUGUUUUUGAUAGUGUCGGCGUUGGUGCAAAACUUCAAUCUUAAGCAGCGGCCUGGCGAAAAGUUACCGGACUUGGGGAAACGACUGACCGGGGUAAUCAUAUCGCCACCGGAUUAUUGGAUCAGAUUUGAACCAAGAUGAAGCACAAUGAUGUUAGUCUCUAGAACUCGUAUUCAAUUGUUGCUAUAAUUUAAGCCUUAUUUCGAAAGUGUGCAGUAAAAUAGAAAAUUACCUUAUUAUUAUUUAUC